AUGCCUCGACCAGAGCAGAAACCGGUCCCUCCAUCCAUCAGACAGACAUAUUCCUGCAGCCAUCUCAUCGAAUUUCAACACGAUACGCCGAAACAAAUGCACACAGUAACAAAUGAAGUGAGCUGCUUAUUUGUGAAAGAGAACAAAACAAAGGUGAACACCAAGGUACCAAGGAGCGGUGGGGACUAUACCUGUCUUAAUUUACCACAAAUUGCUUAA